ACACGUUUUGGUUGGACAAUUUGUGUCAUUUAGGGGGAGGCCUUAAAACAGCAGAUACCAAGAAAACCUUGAGAGAUUCACUGCAACUACUGAAAGCUUCAUGUGAAAACCAUGCCUUCCUUUUUGCUUGCUUGAUUCUUGUUUCCCUUCUGCAGUUUUAUCUUAUUUUUCACGUUCCGUUUUUUUCUUUGUCUGUGGAAUGGAGUAUUUGUGGUUUCUGGGAUUGUCAUGUAUUUUUCUCCUGCUGGAAUGAAAGGGAGAGUGAUUUAAAGCAAGCAGCUUUGGAAACACACCAGGCAGAUGGUUGCUCUGGCUUAGCUGGUUGCUCUCCUGCAGCACUGCAGAUUAAAUGUGGCUCUGCUGACUCACGUUCACUGUUGGAGGUUAAAGGGGCCUUGUAUCCGCCCCCUGCCAGGCCAUGUGUGCAGAAAUCAGGGAAGGACCUCAUCUCCAGCACUGCUGCAGCCAAGAACCCGCCUGCACAAAAACCCCAAGUGCCUCCUAAGCCCGUUCACCUGCAGAGUUUUGGUCAGGAAAGAAGACCCAAGUUCAUCCCACCACCUCCAUCCAGACCCCUGCCCUCCAAACCUCUGCCGAAGCCAAGCAAGAGCCCUGUCUCUGCAGGGAAGGAGGAAAACAAACCAGUAAAGAGUGUUUGCUUACUCAUUGAGAAGUUUGAAAACUCCAGAAUUCCUAUUUUUGGAAUUAAUAGGAGAACCCAACUACAUCUCUCUUUUAACAUGGAUACUCCCCAGGAGUCAACGGACCAGCUGGGUACAGAAUCUGAUCGACAGGGGUCUGGUAACUGUUCCACGGCAGAUAAACUUGCACUUAACGUUUCGGAAACAAAGUCCGAUGUCGCUGAGCUCUCGAGUUUCAGCGAGCUGCAGAUCGGCGAUUUAGGCACGUGCGAAUUAAAAACCGACGGGGACUGUUCCUCCGCUGGCCGGACUGAGGACUCACGUGCAUGUGACAAUCGAGACUCUGCCUUGGAGCACAACGGAAAUGGCAAAAUUCCCAACAGGGACAGCGGCAUCGACAGCCCCUCCUGUAACGUGGAAGGAGAGGGGUUUCCGAACGAGGAGGCCAUCGAUGAGGAGAUGAGCGAGAGUCUCGCGGAGCAUGAAACAGAGGCCGAGAUGGAGAGUGGGGCGAAGGAGAGCUGUGCUUCGUCCGUGGACAACCACAAGAGAGACUCCACUCAGGACGAGGAGGACAGCGACAUGGACGAGGGCAGUAGUGAGGAACACGAAACAGCAGAAGUGCCAAAAACAGAGCAGCCAGACACAUCUAAGUGCACAGAGCCACAAAAGUUGCUGAACAUUGCAAGAGAACUCCUACAGACGGAGGAAGCAUAUGUGAAGAGGCUCCAUUUACUGGACCAGGUAUUUUGCACUAAAUUAACAGAAGCUGGAAUUCCUCCAGAGGUGAUCACUGGAAUCUUCUCCAAUAUAUCGUCAAUUUUUUGCUUUCAUAAGCAGUUUCUCCUCCCUGAGCUGAAGACCCGAAUCACCGAGGAAUGGAAUUCCAACCCUCGGAUCGGAGACAUCCUUCAGAAACUAGCUCCGUUCCUGAAGAUGUAUGGAGAGUAUGUGAAGAAUUUUGAUCGCGCGAUGGAUCUUGUAAACACCUGGACACAGCGUUCCUCUCAGUUCAAGGGUGUCAUUCAGCACAUACAGAAACAGGAAGUGUGUGGGAACCUGACACUGCAGCAUCACAUGUUGGAGCCUGUGCAGAGAAUCCCACGGUACGAGCUGCUGCUCAAGGACUACCUGAAGAAGCUGCCCGAGGAUGCACUGGACAGGAAAGACGCAGAGAAAUCACUGGAGCUUAUCUCUACAGCAGCCAACCAUUCAAAUGCGGCUAUCAGAAAAAUGGAAAAGAUGCACAAGCUUCUGGAAGUCUACGAGAGACUUGGAGGUGAGGAAGAUAUUGUUAAUCCUGCCAAUGAGCUUAUCAAAGAAGGUCAUAUCAAGAAAAUGUCUGCCAAGAAUGGAACUGCUCAGGACAGAUAUUUAUAUGUGUUUAACAAUAUGGUGCUGUACUGUGUGCCAAAACUCCGGCUUAUGGGUCAAAAAUUCAGCGUUAGAGAAAGGAUUGACAUUGCUGGCAUGGAGGUGCAAGAAAAGGUGAAGCACAAUUUGCCUCAUACAUUUGCAAUAGUUGGGAAACAGAGAUCACUGGAAUUGCAGGCAAGGACUGAGGAAGAAAAGAAAGAUUGGAUUCAGGUUAUUAUGGCCACCAUAGAAAAGCACAAGCAGAACAGUGAGACGUUCAAUAAAGCGUUCAACAGCUCCUUCUCCAGAGACGAAGAGCAUCCACCUGAAUCCCCUAGUGUCUGUAGUAAUAUCAGUAUGGAUUCCUUUGAUGGAAGCAGCUCACCAGUAGGGAUGGAUUUGUGCAAGAAAAAUUCCAAAUCAAAGAAGGAAAAGGAGAAGCAGACUUGUAAAGGUUGCAACGAGAGCUUUCAUUCCAUAACUAAAAGGCGUCACCACUGCAAGGCCUGUGGAGCAGCAAUCUGUGGGAAAUGCUCUGAAACAAAGAUAUCGGAGAACAAACCCAGCCGCGUGUGUAAAGAGUGCUUCGCAGGCCAGGGGAGUUCUGGACCGGAGACCGUGGGAGACCAGAGGAAGAAGACCGCGGUCGAGAAACAGAAUUCACUAGCAGCAGAAAACAGUCUAUUCUGCAGUCAUCUGCAUUUUCUAGAGAAGGGGAAGACCUGGAAUAAAGUCUGGGUUACCAUUACCAAAAAUGAGCCACUGGUAUUAUACCUGCAAAUGAGCGAUCAGGAAAGUCGCUCACCACGUGCCAUCCCUUUGCCAGGCUAUGAAAUCUGCUUGCCACAGGACAAGCAGGAAAUGAAACAUGUCAUCAAACUCAGCCAGUCCCAACAGACCAUACUGUUCAGUGCAGAGGACGAGGAGCUUCAAAUGAAAUGGAUGGACAUCCUUUCAAAAGCAGCCAAAGGGGAGAUUACUGAAAGCACAGAACAGCAAAGCUAAACUGAGGAGCAGCCACUUGUUCAUGGCCAGUGAGCUCUCCAGGGGCGUCUUGUGGUGUAAAGCAUGCCCAUUACUUGAAUUCACUUUACCACGGCACUUUUUUGUUUCAUUUUUAAAGGAUGUCUGAUUCUCCCUUGUAUGCAUCCAUAGCCACAUUUUUAUUUUUGUUCCGGUCUUUCUGAACGAGAGAACAGUAAGAGAAAGAACGAAAACAAGAUGACCGUUUUGUAUUGUAGCAUACAAUAUCAUGGUAAAAGAACGUGUUCGAUGAGGGUAUUUUUUUAAUGUGUACAUUGUGUAUACACGGUGAAGCAUUAAUUAUAUCUGUGAUUUGCUCAUACAUAUUCAGUAUUGUUCGUAACUGUAAAGCCUUCCAGUAUCUGCAGUGGUCAUUUCGUGCAGGAUGUACAGUAAAGUAUUUCAUUAGUUGACCUUAUGCUCCAUUCAUUCUAACUUAAGAGGUGUGAAAGCUUGUGGCUGGCCACUGUCUCCUUUCCUUUUUCUGUCCUCUCACUGUAUGAUGUUCCUUGUGAAUUUUAAGAGAUGUAAUUAAUUUCCCUUAACUACUGCUAAUUGGGGUAUGUCUGCUGUUUUGUGAUUAAAAUCCAUACCAACAUGGAGUACUGCAAGUAAAAAUAAACCUGCCAAUUCCUAGGGAGACAAUAGUGAGAACCUUCCCUGUGCAUGUACAGUAGAUUCACAUAUUUAUGUACUGUGUUUAGAAAUUGACUCUCAUCAUCAUAAAGUGUUUUCAUGUAAGUUGACGGAUACAGUAUUACAUGGCUAAGUGGGACCAUUUACACAGAACAGCAAUCAAAUAUAUAAUUAAUAAAAAUGCAUAUGGUUCACUAAUGGCAA